GUGACAGCGCUUUCAUCUCUAUCUUUUCUGUUCAUAUUCUCUAUUCUACUGUCACAUUUUGUUAAGCACCUUGCAUGCAUUUUGCAUUCCCAACACAAGCCUACCACCAUUUUCACCACUUUUCCCUUAUACAAACAACAACCACAACCGGGUUCAUUACACCCAAAUUUAAGAAUUACCAUGUAUGGGCUAAGGGGAUGGCGGCAACGGACAGACAGUGACGAACGACGGUGAUAAGGGGCUCUAAAAUGCACUCCUGCGGCGGCUUGAAUGAUGGAGAGCUGCUGAAGGAUUCAUUCCAUCGAGUGUGAUGGGGCUCUCUCCAAUUGAACUGAGUCGAUUUGCAUGGUGAGAUUCAAAAGAUUUUAGGAGAUGAAUAGUUCGAAGACAUAGAAUCAGCAGAUUCUUUGCUCCAACGGAAAUCUAAAAUCUUCUGAAUUGACUAUUAUAGAUUGGUUCUAUAGUGAGAGGAGUGGUGGAAAUAAUGGCUAUCGGAUUGAGUUCUAUUAUCCCGAGGUUGCAAAUGCUAUCCACUUCCGAUCAUGCUUCUGUGGUUUCGAUGAACCUCUUUGUGGCACUCCUUUGUGCUUGUAUUGUGAUUGGCCAUCUUCUUGAGGAGAACCGAUGGGUGAACGAGUCUAUCACUGCCCUUGUGAUUGGUGUGUGUACUGGAGUUGUUAUUCUGCUGGCAAGUGGGGGAAGAAGCUCGCAUCUUUUGGUCUUCAGUGAAGAUCUUUUCUUUAUAUACCUUCUGCCGCCAAUAAUAUUUAAUGCGGGGUUUCAGGUGAAAAAGAAGCAGUUUUUUGUUAACUUUACUACUAUCACGCUGUUUGGUGCUGUUGGUACAUUAAUAUCCUGUGGCAUCAUAUCACUAGGGGUUACUCAGUUCUUCAAAAAAUUGGAUAUUGGUUCGCUGGAUAUUGGGGAUUAUCUAGCAAUCGGUGCAAUAUUUGCUGCCACGGACUCUGUAUGUACAUUACAGGUGCUUAAUCAGGAUGAGACGCCUUUACUCUACAGUCUUGUAUUUGGGGAGGGUGUUGUAAAUGAUGCAACAUCAGUGGUACUUUUUAAUGCAAUCCAGAGUUUUGACCUCAAUCAUAUCGACCCCAGGAUUGGUUUGCAUUUUAUUGGCAACUUCUUUUAUUUGUUUCUCACAAGCACAAUGCUUGGGGUGAUAACUGGGCUGCUUAGUGCAUACAUCAUCAAAAAGCUGUAUUUUGGAAGGCACUCUACGGAUCGUGAAGUUGCUCUUAUGAUGCUCAUGGCAUACCUUUCAUAUAUGAUGGCUGAAUUGUUCUAUUUGAGUGGCAUUCUCACGGUAUUCUUUUGUGGGAUUGUGAUGUCCCAUUACACCUGGCACAAUGUGACUGAGUGUUCACGAAUCACUACCAAGCAUGCUUUCGCAACCCUUUCAUUUGUUGCUGAGAUCUUUAUCUUCGUUUAUGUUGGAAUGGAUGCCUUGGACAUUGAAAAGUGGAGAUUUGUCAGUGGCAGUCCUGGAACAUCUGUUGCAGUGAGUUCAAUACUGCUAGGUCUGAUUAUGGCCGGAAGAGCAGCCUUUGUUUUCCCCUUAUCAUUUUUAAUCAACUUAGUUAAAAAAUCUCCAAAGGAAAAAAUCAACUUCAGGCAACAAGUGGUAAUAUGGUGGGCUGGUCUCAUGAGAGGUGCUGUGUCUAUAGCACUCGCUUAUAAUCAGUUCACAAGGUCAGGGCAUACUCAAUUGCGAGGAAAUGCAAUCAUGAUCACCAGCACCAUAACUGUUGUUCUCUUCAGCACAGUGGUGUUUGGUUUGUUGACUAAACCUCUUAUAAGGUUCUUGCUUCCACAUCCAAGACACACAGCCAGCAAGGUACAGUCAGAUUCGUCUACUCCAAAAUCUGUAAGUGUGCCUUUUCUUGGAGAGGGGCAGGAUUCUGUGCCUCUUCUUGGAGGGCAGGAUUCUGAGUUUGACCUUCCUGAAAUUAUCCGACCAAGCAGCAUACGUGCACUCCUGGCCACUCCUACACACACUGUUCAUCGGUACUGGCGUAAAUUCGACGAUGCCUUCAUGCGCCCCGUAUUUGGUGGCCGGGGUUUUGUUCCCUUUGUUCCUGGGUCACCAACCGAACGGAGUUUUAAUCAAGGGCAAUGAGAAGGCGGCCAAGCAAAGAAUGUAGAAUGUGUUGUCGGUUGCAUACAUCUUCUGGACAGUAAGGCACCACAUGCCUUUGAACCAGCUCGUGAAAUAUUUGCUUCUGCACUGGGAAUAUCUCCGCGGGAAGGCCCAGAGAGCAUAAAGGAUGUGGAUACAAUAGGGUAGCGAGAUGGUUGUGCACCAUAAUCUUUUGAAACUGCUACAUAUCAUGUAUAGCUGAUCUGAUUGUACCAAUAAAAAAGAAAUCAUUUAGAGAUGAUUGUGUUUGCCCCUAGCUCUGGAAGGGGUUUGCCCUUUUUGUUUUUAAUACGUCAAUUGACAUCGUGGUUAUUUUUGUGAUAAUAAGUUGUUGGGUGUUGUUAA